AUGAAUCUGGUUGACCACAGGGUGCGUCUGCAGGACGAGCUGUCGGACUACGUGAAGGGCCUGCCGAAGACCCGCCUCGUCCGUUUAAAAGAGCGGCGAGGCCUGAUGCUGGCGCGGAUGGAGGGCGUUUGGCGAUCGGAUGCGCCGGUGACCAUCUUCCUGGACAGCCACAUCGAGGCCACACGUGGUUGGAUCGAGCCCAUACUAGCUCGCAUCGCGGAGGACAAGCGGCAUGUGGUCGUUCCCCGCAUCGACACCCUCGGCGCUGAGGACAUGGUCUACCGUGUGGGCGGCGGCCUUGGCGUACUAGGCUUCUCCUGGACUCUGGGGCAG